UGGAUAAGGCAGAGAGCAGAAGCUGUAGAGACGUUAGAGGACUACGAGCCUCCGUAAGGUAUACUCAACUGUGAAGACAUCGUUUGUCAAUCUCAGUGGGAAGGAGAAUCAACAAAAAGUCGAUACAUUCAAUCAGAUUCACAAGAAAAUAUGUUAUCAAGCCUUUUGAGCUUAACAUCUGACGUGAGAGCAUUACAAAAUCCCCAGGAUCGUCACCUAUAAACAAAAAAGCUGGUGGUGAUAUCAAGAAGAAUGGGGGUCCUGUGUAGUUAUUGAUUAGACGGGUAAUUUCCUUGAAAGCUUUUACAUGGAGAAUUAUUACGUGCGUGUAGCCGUCACUCAAAGGUGAAUACCAUGACAAAUUGCCGUAGAACGUUUCUUCAGAGACGCACUGGAUAAUAAGACUGAGAUAUUCUGAGGAAAUUUCUUUUGACGAUUAUCCGAUAUCUUCACAUAUUAUGGAGAGUUUGAUAGACUAAGUAUCAUAACCAACUGGUAAUAUAUGGACUCACACGAUGCUAUUGAAAACAUUUAGAAUGAUAAAUCAAUGGUAACGCGAGAAUACUUGAUGAACUACGUGGCUAUUUGACUUAGUGAUUGCCUAAUUGAUUCAUAUAUUAGCUCCUGACAAGACGGUCGACAAGACAAUACAGUGCCCUUACAAGAUGGAGUCGUUUACGAUGUACCUGAAUGCUUCGACAACGAUGGUUCCAAUGAUCGAAACGACGAGUGCAGAGAAUUGUUCGACAAAUAUAACAGUGAACGCUACAUUAUGUCGACAGGUGCCACAACCGCUGCAGCCAUUGACGCUCUCAACUGUAAUAUUGUCUGUACUGUAUGUCAUAAUUUGCCUUGUUGGGAUAAUCGGCAAUGGUUUAGUUAUUUACGUAAUACUGAUGUUCGUUAAAAUGAAGACGGUGACCAACAUGUACAUUUUGAAUCUCGCUCUUGCGGAUUUAGCUUUUCUAGUAGGACUACCGUUUUUAACCGUCACGACCAUAGCACGACAUUGGGUAUUCGGAAAUCACAUGUGCAAGAUAUUCUUCGUGCUGCAUUCGAUCAACUGGUUCACAAGUGUCUUUACCUUGACGGUGAUGAGCUGUGACCGUUGGCUAGCCGUAUGUUUCCCGUAUAAGGCUAUGCAUUACAGGACUCCAAUCAAUUCGAGAGUGAUAUGUCUUGCCAUCUGGCUCGUUGCCUUUUUAGUGAUGCUGCCUAUUAUGCUCUAUUCAGGAACAUCCGAUCCCACCAAUUCUGGAUACAAAACGUGCACGAUAACAUGGCCCCAAGGACAGCCUAUACCAGCUGACCAGGCGUUUGUCUGGUAUACCUUUCUACUGGGAUUUCUUCUCCCCGUUGCGCUCACGAGCGUUUUCUAUUCAUUAGUUGUGAUCAGACUCAGAUACGCAGGCCCAAAUAGACUGAGUGAGAACAAGAAACGUUCAACGAGAAAGGUCACGAGAAUGGUUUUGAUAGUUAUAGCUGUAUACAUAAUUUGUUGGUUACCAUUUUGGUGUUUCCAAGUAAAUCUAAUAUUUAGAGCGGCGUUUAAUAGUCGUCUGAAAGCGUGGGAGAUAACCCUUUUCCAAGUGUUUACUGUGUUGAGUUAUUGUAACAGUAUGUUAAACCCGUGUCUCUAUGCCUUCCUGUCAGAUAACUUUAGAAAGGCAUUCAUUAAAGCAUUCAAAUGUGCGAAUAACCUUGAGGUCAAUCGCGAAUUGGCAAACGAGAAUAGCACCUUUCCAAAGGCCGGCGGUGCAGUUAUAGGAUUACGAGCACCCCUCAACAACGUCUCGGAGGAUACGUGUGAAACAUCCAUGAACACGUUGGUAAAUACUUCUAUUAUUCAGCAUACCAAGACGACAAAUACUGAUGAUAUAGAUCCUGAACAAAAAACGCUUAUCGCAGAGGUUAACGGGAAAGAUAGGUGCGGGACUCCACUAUAAUGUCCACAAGUGUGCUAAUCUUUCUAAUAUCUGAAAUAACUAACGAGAUCAUUAAAUCAAUACGAGACAGUUUGACCAUUGAACUUGAAGGUAAUAGCCGAGUUAAUUAUCCGUGGUGAAACUAAACUAAUCACCGACUCUUGUAAUAAUGGCGCUAGCAUAACAGUGCGUAACUUGUUAUGCAGAACCAAGACCACCUUAGAUUCAACAUAUUUGAUUGAUGGCAAGAGGGGCUCUAAAGCUUUCAGGAUCAUUGGUUAAAGUCAAGUUGAUGACUACAAAUCAAUAUAAGAAUAUAAAUUGUGAUAUUCUUCUUAAUUACUUCGAUAACCUUACGGAAUAAAGACAAUGUGUUGUUUCCAUUUGGGAAAAUGUCUAGCACUUUUGCAAUAGAGAAUGAUAUUACUUGGCCAUACUGUUUACGAUUGCGAUUAUAAUUGCGAUUUGAAUCAAUCGUUUCGUUUCAAUAAUUGAAGCCAAUGAUAUAUAAAUUUCUCAUUUGUCAUGUGGAUUACUCGUAAUGCAUCACACGUGUAACCAAGUUCCGUUUUGAUUAAUCAUAUGCCAUUUGGGAACGACUGACACAAAGAUAAAUUCGAUACCAAUGUCCGACGUUAUGAGAUACCAAGUGCUAUUUAAUAGAUUAAGAAUCCUGGAGAUUUAUUCGUAAUUGAAUCGAAUACAUCAACAAUAUUGAUGAUACAUUUUAUUCACAAACGGAUGCGCAUGUCUAAACAAUAUGCAUGCAAAUAUUGUAGGUGUAAAUAGCAUGCUAUUAUAAAUGACUAUAUCAGAGUAUACAUUGUAUAUUAUGUUUUCAAUUUUAAGAAUUCUAUGUUGUUACAUAAUCAAGGCUGACACUACACGGUGCCACGUUUAUAUUGAAAUAAUGUUAUGUACACUUGAGUAUAUCAAAUACGAGAAAUAUAUAGUCUGUAGUGUACAUAAAGAAUAUGUAAAUAAUGCACAACCUCACCAUAUAUUCCUUAAUGACCAUUAGUUUGGUAGAACUAGGAAGAUUGAAGAUCGAGGGUAAUAAUGUUAAAAAGGAAAUAUGACAUACGAAUGUAAGCUCCGUUAUUAGGUGUAAUGCUCUGGAUUAGACGUUUGAACUUUAGGAGGUGGGGAUCCUAAAAUCCAAUCAUCUUUUUCAGUAAUUCCAGUAUUUCACAACGUGUGUUUUUUAAUUUCAAUAUAGCUGAUAGUUGUGUCUGAAAAAUUAUAGAAUGGUGAUUUUCAUUAUUUGUACUUUGAAUUGAUUCUGUUUUGAUUUUUUGCUCUUUGUAUUAUUCGAUAAAAUUCAAUUAGAUAAUAGAUUACAAUAUAAUUUGUAUUCGCCAGCAAAAUGAUUUCUCAACAAUUAAACUACGAGUGCUACAAAUGCUGAACAAAUCAUUCUGAACUUCUUAUCUUAUUGACGAAAAUAUAUCGAAUUGUUCAGGUAUUAUAAAUGUACUCUAGCAAGUGUUUGUUAUAUAAUACUCUUUUAUUUACAAUUAAAGUUCUGUAGCCAAGUAGCCUAUACCGUAGACACAUUUCCUUUCAGCAUUAAAACGGACUAACGUGUAUAAAUAAGAUUAUAUCGAGUCUUAAAGUUAGGCUAUAGAUACCUAUGUGGCCACUUCACAAGACAAAUUGAAAGUAUCAUCGUUGCGGGAGAGUAAGCAUGAUGAAUAGACCAGAGCUAUUCCUGAAACUCAAAUCCAAUAAAUCGGCAGAAGUAGUGCGAUAGGCUCUCCUCAAACACUCUUAACUGUAAACUGAAAUAUUUAUAAGUUACAUCUGUCUCAUGAGAUUUCCAUCUUACGAAUCUGUGAAAUAUUUAUAUGUAAAUAAAAUACAACUGAG